AUGGCGAAAUCCAAAUCAACAUUACCACGAAGGCGUUCUGGGGUUGAGAUAUUUGGUAGUUUUGAAACAGGACUAUAUUUACCCACAAGUGACAUAGAUUUGGUUGUAUUUGGGGAAUGGGAAUCCCUGCCAUUGUUUACAUUAGAGAAGGAACUCCGAGCCAAUAAUAUAGCAGAUCCAGAUACUAUCAAAGUAUUAGACAAAGCCACUGUGCCCAUAGUGAAACUUACAGAAAAAAGAUUUGAUGUCAAAGUGGACAUAAGUUUUAACAUGGUGAAUGGGGUCAAGAGUGCCCGUAUGAUAAAGCGAUUCAUGAAAGAAUACCCUAUGUUACCUUACCUAGUUUUAGUUUUGAAACAAUUCUUACUGCAAAGAGAUUUGAAUGAAGUAUUUACCGGUGGAAUCAGCUCCUACAGCCUUAUACUAAUGACUGUCAGCUUCUUCCAGUUACAUCCCCGAUAUGAUACCAUGCCACGAAUUGCUAAUCUUGGCGUCCUGUUAAUUGAAUUUUUUGAGCUAUACGGUCGCCUUUUUAACUAUCACAAGACUGGUAUACGUGUCCGAGAUGGUGGCUGUUAUAUACCUAAAGAAGAACUUAUGAAAGACAUGACGGACGGCUACAGACCAUCCCUCCUGUGCAUAGAGGAUCCUCUCCACCGUGGCAACGACAUUGGCAGAAGUUCUUAUGGAGCAUUAAAAGUACAAGAAGCAUUUGAUUAUGCGUAUAGUAUUCUGAGUCGAGGUACCUUUAUGCCAUCUCAUGGACACAGUAUAUUGGGUCGUGUUGUGAGAGUUACGAAUGAGGUGGUGACAUACCGUAAUUGGAUACAGUCUAACUGGAGUCCUCCCCCUCCUACAUAUGCUGCAGUGGCUAUGAGGACUCCUCCUCUGGCUGACCAGCAAAACAGAAUCAUAACUACAGAGAACGUACUGAGUUCCACGGAAGUGGAAAGCUGCAGCAGCAGCAGUAACAGCAGCAAUCACUCUUCAGCGUCGUCAACUACAUCAUCAGUUACAUCAUCAGAAUCAUCAUCGUGUAGUGACACGGAAUCUGAACCAUCACCAAAGUCCUCAUCAGAGUUGAGUAGUAGUAGCAGUUGUACUGAUCUAUCAUGUACCAAUAAUAAUAUUUCCAAGUUAGCCCUGCAACCAAGCUGUCGUCAGGUGAAUCCCAGGCACCAGUCAUACAGCAAGACACAGAUAGCCUCUCCAGCAGACUCUCCACAGCAGAGGUCACAACCACCACCAACAUCAUCAUCCUUGACACAUCAGCAAUCCCGACAUCCCAUAGGAAGAAAAGUGUACCAUCGACAGAGCCAGUCAACUCAAUAUUACACCACACAACAACAGGGUACCAGAAUUACUGCUACAAAUAACAACAACACAACAACCAAGAAAACCAAAAGAAAAAGAAGAGAAUGUCCUGUUGUGAACAGUCGAUAGGAUUCGUGGAAGCCCAUCACAGAAGGGCAGUUAUGUUGUGUAGCUUUAGUCCUUGCAAGUGUAAUUAUUCUUGUACGCAAAGACUUGGAGUGCAAUAUCCAAUGGAUAGUGUUUACAGUAACUCUCUUAAGUAGAAGACUGCUUGGGAAUUAAAACAAAUUGGCAGUUGAUAAGAUUGUGAGCAAUUUUGCCGGUCGGAUGUGUUUAUGACAUAAAAAUGCAGUGACAAAUCAAAAAGGGCAAGAAAAGUCUCCAUUUCUUUACCCUGCUGACAAAAUACUGACCAAAGCAACCACACCCAAAAAUGGGCAACAGGAACUCAAAAAGUGUUUGGAAAAAAAAAAAUUAAAAAAUCCAAAAAAAUUGUAUACAUGCCUUAUGAUACAAAGAAACUAAUAUUGUAUUAGAGAAAAAUUUAAAAGUUUAUUUUCUCGCCCAUUGUGGUGACCACCCUCCCCUACCAAAUGUCCCAUGUAUGUACGACAAUAUUGGGAGAUGGGGGUGACAUGUUUUAUGUGCAAUGCACUUUUUGGGGCAUCUAUUUUGUAGUCGACCUCCCUCAGUGACUUGGUUGAUCUGAAAUUAUGUAACUACAAGAAUUCAAUACAAGAAAACAAACUUUAGUAUGAUUGUACAAUUACAGCUGAAUGUUGUCUUUGUUUGAUUUACAUUGUUGUGUACUUAUGUGGAACAAGAGAGGUAUCUUUGUCAAAAAAAAAUACAACACAGAUUUUUUUUUUCUUAAAGAAAUGUAGAGAGGAGGUUUUGGAUUGAGCUGUAAUUACCUACCAGUUGUAGAAUUUUUCAAUAUUCAUCAUGUAUCUAGUUUAGUUCUUGCCUCAAGAGCCCAUAGUUGUCACUUCAGUGCUGUAGUGACCAGCCAGUGUGUUACAUGAAGGAAUAUUGUCUGAAAUACAUUAAUAAGUAAACUUACUGAAAUUAUGUGCAGUUCAAUUAUAAGAUGAGGAUUACACAGUAAUGUUACAAUAAUCAAGUGAAGAUAUUCAACUUGCUCCCCCGUUGUAGGAGACAGUGGUCUAGUGUUGUACAUACAUGUAGAGAUUCUAUUCUUCAUAGGAUUAAGGUUGGACCACAUAAAUACUUGUUGACAGUGUAAUAAACAUGCUCACAUGCUUAUAAGGCAUCAUUUUCGUUCCUGUUCUAAUCAUUUGCUGUUAAUAUGUAUCUGUAUCUGUAUAAAUGUAUAAAAAAAAGCUUUGUAUAAUAUGCAAUCGCACGGUUGUAAAAGUUAAUUUUUUUUUUAUCUUCAGACUAGUAAUUCUAUUUUUUUUUGUUCAUCUGUUAUAUUUUUACUUUGUAAAUGUAUAUUUUUUGACCAGUUGCAAUCUUUCCGUAAAGGGUGUUACAUUUUACUUAUUCCGUUUUGUUCAACCCAUCAUGUAUGCGAAUUUUUUCCAUCUUUCUCCCAAACACUAGUGUUUGCUUUCCUCUCUACCGACUUCAUUGUUCCAUAAUAUUUGUUAUUUUGUGUUUACUUUUAAUUUUCUCACUUUUUUUCCUGAAAACUCUGAUGUUAAAAAACAUGGUAUUUUGACAUCACAAGAAAGAUGCGUCUUGUUUUAAGUGAUUUUAGUUAUCCUAUAUAGUUUUAUCAACUCACACUUUGAUAUAAAAAAAAUUGUAUAAAAAAAAGUUAAAAAAAAAAAAGAAAAGUGUUUUAAGAUGACAAAUCAAGGUGCCUGAAGAGCUAUUGCUGUUCACACAACAAAAAAAUGGAUUUCGACCAUUUUUUUCUUUUUUUUUUUUGAGAAAAAAGAACAUAUAUUACAAGGCCUAGUAUAUUAAGUAAUUACUGUGAAACUAAUCAGUUGUAUGUUAUCACAUUUUAAAUGAUAGAAUUAGAUUUGUAUUUCUUUCAACCAUUCUGCAUUAGCAAUUUUGACAAAUUCUACCACAGUAGUGUAAUGUGUGUUAUAUUGCUUGUACUUUGUUGUUCAAUUGUUGCAGACCAGUUUGUCUCCCACUGUUUAUUAUAAUAACGUUUUUUUUGCCCACAUGUCACUGCCUAAAGAUGAUUUAUUGCAUUCAUAAUACCGUACUGAUGUGGUUUGUAUCCAGUCCUAUCAUUGAACAGAUUAUUGCAAUGUUCACUAGUGUUAUCUACUGCCCAUAUUCUGAUGUGGAAAUCCUCAGCCCAGUAUUAUUCUCGCCAUUGAAGAUUUCAUGUCCAAACUGCAGGCCAGUCAUUCGACAGGGUUUUUCCCCCCAUCAGAUAGAAUUACAAGCCACUUUCUUUCAGUUAAACUAACAGACCACAAUAAUUUCAGCAGAUGUGCAUUAAGAACAACAUUUAUAUUGAGUUUUUAUAUUAUUUUAUUUACAGGGAAAACACUUUGUACUGAAAUAGUUUUGUCAAGUUUAAAUAUAACCUUUUAUUUUUGUUCACUUUGUACAUUGACUUUGUUAGAUCAAUUUGUUUGUUUGAAUUUCUGUUAGCUUUGGUCUUUUCAUGGUUUACAGAUGUUUACUUUGUAAGGUUUACAGAAAAGUUUAAUUUCAGCCUUGUCUCUCUCGUGGGUCUUUCAUACUGAAUUGAAGUUGAUCACUAUCCACAUCUCAUUCUUGUAGUAUUUGUUUGAAGGUAAGCUUUAUGCUCAUUCUCAUGUUACUAUUAAACCAAAUGCGCUUGACAUACAAUGAGGCUAUUUUGAGUUACCUACCAAUAGUUUCAGGGAAAUUUAUAAGAGAAAAAAAACUAAUGUACUGUAGUUCUGAUUGUGCGUUCCAAGAUUAUGUGCAAUGGUAUGUAACCUGCAUAAAGUCAAAAAAUGGGAACAUAUUUUUAUUUUUAUUCAACCUUGCAUAAUGCAUUUCAUUUCAUUAUUGGUGUACAAAGUUGUCUUCUUUACAAAUUUGAUUCCAAAGAAAAAGCAAAAAAAAUUCUUUUUUUUAAAAGCAGAAUAAAACCAUUUUAUCAGCAUUUAACUAGUUCUUAACGAGCAGUUUUUCCUUUAACAAGAAUAAUUAAUGGAAAUAAGUGUUUAUGAUAAAACUUCUUAAUUCAGGGAGAGAGGGGGUGUCCACCUUGAUGAAAUCAGCUUACAUGUACCUGCUUGUUUGUUUUCCCCACCUGUUUAAUGUAUUUUAUUUUUCAUUUUUGUUGUGAUUUCCAUUCUGUGGAUGUUAAGAAGCCUGUCCAAUACUGACAUUUAGUUGAAUACUAUAAUUUUAUAUUCUAUUUGUUCCCCCUUCUGUCACUAAAUGGCCUAAUUUUUUUAAGACAAUAAAAUAUUCUUUUUUCUCAGAA